CCGGAAGGAGGCGGUGGGCCGGGCCGGCUGCUGGGCCGAGCCGAGCUGGGGCUGCGGGACCGGCGGAGCGGGGCGAGGCGGCGGGAUGAGCGUGUCGGAGUGACGGCAGCCCUGGGCCGCCCCGCUGCCCGCGCCGCUCCGCUCCUCGCUCCGCCCCGCCCGGCUCCGCUCUGGCUUCGGGCCCCUUCUCUCUGCGCUGCGGCGGGCGGAGGCGGCGGAAGGAGAAGCCCAUGGAGGGGAACCGGGACGAGGCGGAGAAGUGCAUCGCGAUCGCGCGGGAGGCGCUGGAGGCCGGGAACCGCGACCGCGCCCUCCGCUUCCUCGGCAAGGCCCAGAAGCUCUAUCCCACCGAGACGGCCCGAGUUUUGUUGGAAGCUAUUACGAAGAAUGGAAGCACUGCUGGGGGAGGCGCUUACUGCCGAAAACCAGCCAGUAGCAAUGAUCAAAGUAAGCCCAGUAGCACGAAGGAGGGCAAUGCAUCUGCUGCAGGUGAAAGUGGAAAAGGCUACACCAAAGACCAAAUGGAAGGAGUAUUCAGUAUAAAGAAGUAUAAAAACUACUAUGAAGUCCUCGGGGUAUCAAAGGAUGCAGGUGAAGAAGACCUAAAGAAGGCUUAUCGCAAACUCGCUUUGAAAUUUCACCCAGACAAAAACCACGCGCCUGGAGCAACAGAGGCUUUUAAAAAAAUAGGAAAUGCUUAUGCUGUGCUGAGUAAUCCAGAAAAACGAAAGCAGUACGACCUCACGGGCAGUGAAGAGCAAACAUGCAGUCACCCCAGCAAUGGUAGAUUCAACUUCCACAGAGGCUGCGAGGCUGAUAUUACUCCAGAAGACUUGUUCAACAUGUUUUUUGGAGGGGCAUUUCCAACAGGUAGUGUGCACUCAUUUUCUAAUGGUCGUGCUGGCUACAGUCAUCCUAAUCAGCACCGUCAGAGUGGACAUGAGAGGGAGGAAGAGAGGGGUGAUGGAGGUUUCUCUAUGUUCAUUCAGCUGAUGCCUGUUAUAGUGCUGAUCCUUGUCUCCUUGUUGAGCCAGCUGAUGGUGUCUAACCCUCCUUAUGCCUUAUACCCAAGAUCAAGUACAAGGCAGACCAUUAAAAUGCAGACAGAAAAUCUGGGUGUUGUUUAUUAUGUCAACAAGGACUUUCAAAAUGAAUAUAAAGGAGCGUCAUUACAGAAGGUGGAAAAGAGUGUGGAAGAGGAUUAUGUGUCCAACAUUCGGAACAACUGCUGGAAGGAGAGGCAGCAAAAAACAGAUUUACUUCAUGUAUCGAAAGUUUAUCGAGAUGACCGUCUCCGAAAGAAAGCAGACUCCAUGUCCAUGGAAAACUGCAAAGAACUCGAACGUUUGACCAGCCUCUAUCGAGGAGGAUGAACUGCUUUCGUAUGCAUCUCUCCUGUAAAUUAAGAAGAGAUUUAGUUUCACCGUGAAUGCUGGAAAAGAGGGUGGAUGUAAAACUCUACUGUGUAGCUGUUUCCAGAAACCUUAAGCUGAAAUAUCAUGUAACGGCUUCUUUACCUACUGUGAAAUAUAGGUAACUUUAAUUGUCUAGAUUUUACUUCGAAGCUUCUGUGAAUUCUUUCAGCAGAGAGAAUAGCUUAGAAAGGAUGCUAUACUUGUAGAAACUUAGUCAUAGUGGUUCUCCUCUAACAUAUUUGCCAUGUAAAUAUCUGUGGAAAGAACAUUUUGUGUAUAUACGAGUUAAAUGACUUUCUAUUUAAAACCUCAGAAGUUUAGUUCCAUACAACAUUUUGUCUCACCGAUGGAAUAAAUAGAGUCUGGUUACAUCACUCCAAUUCAGAUGUCGAGCGUGUGGAGUUGGAACGAGGAUUUGUAAUGUUUUAUCUCUAUGUAACAUCUUCUAGGCCCGCCAGCUUAGAGGAACUGGGUAUUUUUAAAUAUAACAGCAUAUAUUCCUAA